AACCUCGAAUCGUACUUUUUGCUUUUGACGUAUUUUUGUCGUAAUGACACUAGAUUUAUUUUAUUUUAAUAAAAUAAUAACAUGGCUAAAUAUAUAGCUCAAAUAAUAGUAUUGGGAGCUCAAGUAGUGGGCCGGGCUUUUGCGAGAGCACUGAGGCAAGAAAUAGCCGCUUCUCAGGAGGCUGCUAAGCGCGCAGGAGGUGGAGCACAGGGUACCAGGCGAGCUGCCGCGAAUGCUUCCACGGGACUUACAUUAGAAGAAGCUAUGCAGAUAUUGAAUGUAGACAAAUUAGACAAUGAAGAAAUCAAGAGAAAAUAUGAACACUUGUUUUCCAUGAACGACAAAUCGAAGGGUGGUUCAUUUUAUUUACAGUCAAAAAUUGUUAGAGCCAAAGAAAGAAUAGACGCAGAAUUCAAAGAUCAACAAACCAGAACAGAGGAAAGUCCAAAGGAAGCAAAGAACACGUCAUGACUUGUAAACUUAAUUAGUUAAAAGAAUUCAUAAUUUGUUGUAGAUGGUGGUACGGAAACAAGUUGAUUUUGUAAAAUAUUUUAUUAUGUAGAAAACGCAUACCACAAUAGUGACUAGAAUACAUCAGUCUUCAUAAUCAAGAUUACUUUAUGAAAUGAAUUUGAGAAACAAUUAAGCAUAAUGCGGAAUACAUGUUUUGCUGAAGCAUCACCUGUUAUUAUAGUUACUGUUAUAAAUAAAUUUUGCUAAGCAAUACAUAA